AUGGGCUGUUGUUGUUCAAAGCAUUGCGCGACAUUCGAUGAAAGCGCGAAAGAAGGUGUUGUGCCGGUCGAAAGCAUCAAGAACAAGAACAAAUUCCCCGAGGAUGUAAGUUGUUUUGAGAUUUUUGAGUGUCUUUGGGUUUAGAUGAACUUCUCAUGGUGAAUAUCCGAAAAUCACGAAUUUUUUUCUUUUUGGAUGUGGCAUUGAUGAUUAUCGCUUGUGAUGUUUAUGGCCUCUAAUGACCUUUGAAUUUUGCGUUUUUACGGUUAUUUUCACCAAGCUUCUCUUGUUUUACGACUUGUAGUAUCAAAGAUACCAAAAAUUUACAAAAUUUUCAGACCGAACCGACUCAAAGAUCCGAAAAUGGCUCGAAGUUUUCUCUUGAGGGUCGCUCAUCCGAACUCGUUAUUGAUCCCCCGCCUAUAAAACCAAAAGCGGACAUCAAACAUUCGAAGGAUGCCAAGUCUGCGGAGGUGGCCAAGAAGGUGCCAAGCAAGGAGAAGCACGGUCCUAUCGUUGACAAGAAGUCAGAACGGCGUUCGGCAUCCAAGAAGGAAGUUGUGAAACCGAAGGUACUCUCGAAACAGGCCAGUUCUGUGAACAAUACCGAUCGAGAAUAUCAGACGUGGUAUCAUGUAUGUUUUUUAUAGUUUUAUGGGCGGAUUUAAGGGUUUUUUCGAAGUUUUAAUUGCGUAAAGUUAUGAGUGGGUAUUUUUUAGCACAUGCGAAAGAGAUUUACCGAAAAUACCGAGCCGACGCAACCGGAGGACUCCGAGAAGGACAGAAGAGGUAAGCCUAAUUUGUUUUGUUGAUUUGCUUUUAGGUAAGACCGACCAUACUCGGUGGAUCUUAUAUCCAGGGGUGGUCAGCGGACCCUAUUUUUCCGAUUUUCGGCCCGCGGCCCGGCCCGUCUAAUCACCGGCCCGGCCCGGCCCGUCUAGUCUUUUUCCAGGCCCGGCCCGGCCCGUGACGGGCCUGGCCCGGCCCGGCCCGGCCCGUGCAGGCCCGUUUAUAGAGGGUUCUGCGAACUGCGCCCAAGCUUGGGAUCUAAACAUAGGCAAAAAAGGCGUUGAUCUAGCUAGUAAAGGAUCAAUGUGAUAGUUUUGUGGUUUUAUAAUGGAACUAUAGACUUGUAAACGUUUUAGAACUUGAGAAACAGCAACUAUAACAACAUCAAUUAAUUUUCCCGGCGCGAAAACAAUGAAUGCCAACGGUUUGGCAUUGUAAUUUAGACGGGCCGGGCCGGGCCGGAAAAACCCCAGGCCCGCGGCCCGGCCCGGCCCGUGACGGGCCCGGCCCGUUUGUAAUUUUCCAUUUUUGAGCCCGGCCGGCCCGUUUGGGCCGGGCCGGCCCACUGACCACCCCUGCUUAUAUCGUCUGUUAGGGCCAGUAAAAACUAAUUUUUUUCCAAAUCUGGCGAAAAUUUUAAGCAUUUUGUUUUGAACUCCAGAUAGGUCAAGUGUAAGGUUAAUCUUGAAUUAUUCGGCCAUUUUUUCGAGGAUUUUAUGUUUUGGUCGACAAGUCUAGACUAUUUUACUAACUGCUAGCCCUUUUGAUUAUGUUCUACGAGUGAUUUGAUUUUAGAGAGUGAAGAGAUCAGCUGCAACAAGGAAGAAGACCUCUCAGGCCACUGA